AUGAUCCGAGGUUGUUUCAGCCAACCCAACACUCCAUCAAGGUCAAGCAGCAGCACCCAAUUGCCCCAGAAUCUGGUAACAUGUAUAUACCAAACUCAACUUUGCAACUCCCCCACGUACCUCACCCUCAGCUGGUCCAGAACUCUUGUCUCUCACUCCUUAACCAUUUACGCCCCAAACACCUUCUCCAUCACCAUACAUCUCAAGCCAUCAACUUUCUCAUUCUUACCAACACGACCAAGAUCCAAAUCCAUCUACCUGACCCGGACCCUCAAACAUUCCAAGAAAAUCAAGCUUUACUGGGACUUUGCUGGAGCAGAGUUUUGUCAGAACUCGGCUGAGCCAGAGUCAUGCUUCUACCUUGCAAUCUGGUGCAAUGGAAGGCUUGAAUUCUCUCUGGGUGAUCUUCUCACGCCACUUACUAGACACCACCAACCCGGUGAUCAGGCUCUACUAUCAAGGAGAGAACAUGUGUUUGGAAGCAUGAGUUACGCAUCAAGGGGUGACUUCUUGGGUUCCAAACACAAAAUAGAGAUUGAAUGCAAUGGGGAUGUGCUGAGAGUGAAAGUGGAUGGGGAAGUUUGCUUGGUCGUUAAAAGGCUGGAAUGGAAGUUCAGAGGGAACGAGAGAAUCUUCAUUGAUGGUGUUGAAGUAGAGUUCUACUGGGAUGUGUUGAGUUGGGUGGUUAAUAGUAAUGAUGGCAACUGUCAUGGUGUUUUUGUGUUUCAAGUAGGUGAUGGCACCGUGUGGCCGGAAAUGGUCGGUCCAGAGAAGAGGUUGAUGAGGAAGAGCUUGUUGGGAUCCACUAUGGCAUCUUCGAUCAUAUCAUUGUCGCCGUCGAGCUCUGGCGUGUUGCAGUGGGCGGAGGAGAGCAGUGACGGUGGGAGGAGCUCGUGCUCUUCAUCCACCAGGUCGUGUGGUAGUGAUGGUGGAUUCUCUUUGUUGCUCUAUGCUUGGAGGAGAGAUUAUAAUUUGAAAUUUUGGAACUGA